GAAAGGCUUGUGUCGGGCAGGUGUACACACAAGCUCUGAACGCGCCAGGUGGAAGGCCGCUCCGCCACAGAGCAUCUUCCCAGUGCCAUCAGCACGUGGAUUUACCUGAACUACCUGGAUAUAUCACAAACAUAUAUACUGGUCACUGUCAAUCAGGCCCAACAUGAACGGUGACUACAACUCCUACGGCAACGUCAACUCCCCCGAGGACACCACAUCUGUGUGGGUUGGCAACAAUACGCCGAACGUCAGCAUGGAACCUCUCGUCGACCAAUUUGGUAAUCUCAGAUUUGGCAAUCAGGUGAUCCCUUUGACCACACCAAUCGCCCCCUACCUCAGUCAAACACCAAACCUACCAAGCCUCGGCGCUCCCCCCUUCCCUAAUCUCAACACGGCCCAGCUUCCUCUAAACUCCCCCUUGCUGACGCCACAGCUGACGUCACAGCCGACGGGGCAGUAUUAUAUGGUCACCAUGCAACAGGCGCCAUCGAAUAUCAGUUCUGUCCCUUUGAACAGCGUUCCAGCACAGACCUAUGUGCAUCCGGUCCUCAGUCAAAAGCCAGAUAAGACACCAAGUCCCGGUGAAGGAUUCAACGCCAACCAUCUUCAAUUUGUUUCAACUCAGGCUCAGAGCCCAAGUGACAACCAUGACGUGAAUCCACUCCGAAAUGCUCAGACCUCGACCCAGAUAACUAACCCGAGUGACAUAUACGGCGUGAAUUCUCUUCGACAUGUUCCAAACCAGGCUCAGAGCCCAAGUGACAACCAUGGCGUGAAUCCACUCCGAAAUGCUCAGACCUCGACCCAGAUAACUAAUCCGAGUGACAUAUACGGCGUGAACUCUCUUCGACAUGUUCCAAACCAGGCUCAGAGCCCAAGUGACAACCAUGGCGUGAAUCCACUCCGAAAUGCUCAGACCUCGACCCAGAUAACUAAUCCGAGUGACAUAUACGGCGUGAACUCUCUUCGACAUGUUCCAAACCAGGGUCAGAGCUCAAGUGACAACCAUGGCGUGAAUCCACUCCAAAAUGUUCAGACCUCGACCCAGAUAAACAAUCCGAGUGACAUAUACGGCGUGAACUCUCUUCGACAUGUUCCAAACCAGGGUCAAAGCUCAAGUGACAACCAUGGCGUGAAUCCACUCCAAAAUGUUCAGACCUCGACCCAGAUAAACAAUCCGAGUGACAUAUACGGCGUGAACUCUCUUCGACAUGUUCAAAAUCAGGCUCAGAGCCCAAGUGACAACCAUGGCGUGAAUCCACUCCAAAAUGUUCAGACCUCGACCCAAAUAACGAAUCCUAGUGACAUAUACGGCGUGAACUCUCUCCGACAUGUUCAAACCCACCAAAAUUACAAGGAACACGGAUCAAAUGGUGUGAACAGGCCGACCCAAUUGACUAAUGGCGCACAUGCGCGACAGUCAAACGUCGGUAGUCCUGAGACAGAACCGGUAGUUUACCAAAGAGAGAGACAUCUAAGUGACCAGGAAUAUCUGUUUCCCGGGCAACCGUACAUGAGGAAAAUUUCUAUAGAUCACUCCAAUGGAGAAGUCAUACGGUCACCGGAACGGGAUGUCCCCCCACUUGUGUCGUCUGCAACCUUCACAACACAACUUCCGGUUGAGGAUACCUACGUCAAUGACCCAGAGAAUGGCACAAGGCUGGUUUUACAGACAAACAGUGGUCACAGUGGAACAGGUAGCUCCAGUAUGACGUCAUCGGCGUCUGUUAGUCCAUACAACUCCGUGCCCUCAUCGCCCAGGCCUGAUCCAGGGGCCGACAAUAAAACCGUAUACGACCCCGUACCCCCUCGCUACACCAAACCCACGGCCAAAUCACGGUGCCUUGUGUGCGACAAGACGGUGUACGCUAUGGAGAAGCGGGGACCUAUCAAAACCGAUGUGCUGUUUCAUAAAGCCUGUUUCAGGUGCGCGGUGUGCGCUAUGACUCUUGACCUGAAGAAUUUCUGCCAGAACCCAAAUGACCUAGCGGAUCUGAACAUCUACUGCAAAUCUCACAAACCCUCCGAAAAGUUUGGGAAGCUUGACGCGGGGGCCUUGUCCAUAACCCGGGCCUUGCAGGCACCGAGGCUGGGCCAGCUCAACGAGCAGAUCAGAGGGGGGCCAGAGGCUAUGAAGGGGGGCAAGAUGGACGCUGGAGCCCUCAAUAUAAGAAGUGCGAUGAAUGUCCCCAAAGCCCAGGUGUCGUCAAACGAAACCGUCAAAAACACAGCUCAUUCUUACCAAAUAGACAACCAAACGGUGGCCAUGGUACACGCCAGAAGCGUCCCAGCAACUGAACUGCAAGUAUCGAAUAAACUUCGGGCUCAAGUGUGGUCACGUGACAAAAGAAAGGCGGAAGGUGUCCCGCCUCCCGAUGUUAUCCGCUAUGACACGAGGCUUUCCGACUAUGGUGGGGACCCGUACAGUCACGACCCGUCGUCUUAAACCAGAAGCAGAUUCUUCUAACAUUCUAUGUUCCAUGGUGGAACGUUAACGCAAAUUUUUCCACGACAUUGAUUGACGAGCCUGAAAUAAUUGGAUCAGGAAAAGAUAACUCUCUUCGGACGGAUGUAUGUGACUAUUAAGCAAGAAGAGUUACCCGCCCCUGUAACAGCCAUUCAUGCAGGAUAAAACAGAGCAAUACUCAAUUCCGUUUUACCGUUGAUAUUCUCCAGACAGUGCAUACAUAUUUACAUGUAUAUAUAAUGGUUAAUGGUGAGAUUAUGCAAGCCUUGGCGUUGCAAAUGUUGAAAGAUGGUGUGACUAUCCCGAAUUAAUAUUUGGGAAACAAUGAUUUAUCAUAUCGAGAAUAAUGUGAUGUCUUCAGUAAAUAUUUAACGAGGAGUAGUAUACAUAAGCUGUAGAAUGCCUAAAGUGUAUACAGACAUGUCUAUGUUUGGGGUAGUGUGUGAAUUUACAAAUGAGCUGGAUGAGUUGUAUUAGCUGGCUGACUUGUUAAAAUACAUUUCUUGUUACUCAUGGCCUACCCGCCUCUAAAAUUGCCCUUGUCCCUUGUAUGUUUUAUCUUCAAGCACUGUUCGGACUCCGUUUCCACUAAAGUUUUGUUUUCGCAAAGUGUUCCGCCUUUUCGACACGCCAAGCCACUCACACCAUAGUGAGUCAUAUUCGCUGGGGCCACAAUGGCCUUCUUCUCAUCUCCUCAAAUAGGGCGCGGUGGGGUAGCCUAGUGGUAAAAGGCAUCGCUCGUCCCGCCGAAGGCCCGGGUUCGAUUCCCCACAUGGGUACAAUGUGUGAAGCCCAUUUCUGGUGUCCCCCGUCGUCAUAAUGCUGAAAUAUUGCUAAAAGCGGCUUAAACAUACUCACUCACUCUUCGAAUAGUAGUGCGCAUGGUAAAUAAAGGUAGUAUCGUUUAUUCGAGUUUACUUUUAUGGAAAGUUUUACUUUUACCAACUAAACAAUAAAGUAAGAAACAAUAACAUCUUCUCUCCCUGACCAGCUUUGGAAAAAAUCAUCGGAAAUAUUUCGUGAACUGGUCUAACCCUGAUCGUAUAUUAUUCCAACAAACGGGUUGUUGUGGUCAACAUAGGUCGUCUCUAACCACUGUCCUUCAUCCUAACAAGCAGCCGCAGCUUAUACAAAAACACACUCUACCUUAGCCCCACCGUAGACGAUGUUGCACUGGCAGGAAUGAUCACGGUGAUGUCGCAACCAGGGUGGUGUUGCAAGUACUGCCGAGUGUGCAGGUCUGAACUAAUUGAUUGCUUGGCUUGCCAGUAACGGUCCUUCUCGAUACAUCCACAGUGAACCAGAUGACCAUCUCUCAUUGUUUAACAUAGACUUACGACAGUCGUAAUGUCGAGAUCUGACCGCGGGCGCCCAUCAGCCAUAGAAUGUGGAUUGCACGGGCCGUUCUUCCAACGAUGAUAAACAGACGUCAUCUGCAUGUGACGCAAUGUGUAUAUACGAGAAACUGUCAAUAUCUGAGACACUGCACGCCAGACACUGUCAACAUGAGAUAUUUCCAAUAUGAAGACAUACCUGUGUAGAUGUAUGAGACAGUGCCUAUAUAAAUGACACUAUCAAUAUAAGAGGUAGGGUCAAUAUGUGAAACAAUUAUGAGACUUUCUCUGACGUGGUCGAUUUAUAGGAGACUUAAUCGAUAGACAAUGUAUGACACAUAUGGUCCUUCCUAAAGAGGUCUAAAAGCGGCGUCCUUCCACAACACUGUAACCUUUUUUGUUGCUGCAGCUGCUAAAGAUGGAGCUGAUGUUGAUGAUGCUGCGGCAGGAUGACGCCGCCACGUGUAUAGAAACGAGGUGUAUUAUAUAAACCCUUAAGUUAUACCAAUACAACAAGGGAGGUAACCAUUCUUUAUAUUCCACACGUCUUCUAGAAGUGACAAAACAUGGUUAUAAUGUAUUAAUAUUGAUGGAAUAUUACUCAAAGCGGAUUAAAACAAUACUCACUCACGCACUGGUACACUGUAACACUGAAAUCAGCAUAUUAAUAUAGUUCACACUACACCGAAUUACAUUAAAUAACAAUAUAUCUAUUAAUAUAUCCCUAUUUAAUACUAAUCUUGUUCAACAGAUAACAUAGGAGUGAAUGAAUAUUGUUUUAAGCCGCUAGAAGUUCUAUUCCAGUAGUAUCACGAGACAUAUGAUAUAUUAAAGGCGAUGAUAUCAUAUAAAUAUUUUCGUUCAAGAAACAGUGUUUAAUAACAAUAGAGGCGUUCUCUAUACAAUGACACCUCGAUAACUCGAACCUAUUCGAUAUACAUUUUAAAAUAAUGUAAUGAUUUGGUCCCGACAUGAUCUUGGCUUCAAUGUCGACACUACGCUUGUCUCCCCAGAGAAGAUCCGGGUUAGAAUUGGUCUUCGGAACCCAUGCUUGUCAUAAGAGGCGACUAACGGGAUCGGAUGGUCAGGCAGAUGCAUGUCAUCGUAUUCCAAUUGCGUAGAUCGAUGCUCAUGAUGUCAAUCAAUGAACUGUUAGAAAUCGCCGUCAUUUAGCUGGGAUACUGCUGAGCGCGACGUUAACAACAAAAAGGCAAACUACGCUUGUCUCGAUUAACAGAUGACACGAAUUAUUCCCGGUGACAUCCAGAACUUCGACUUAACGUAGCAUUAAUGUCUGUGUAAAGAAGGACAACCAUCUUGAUUCAACACGUGAAAUUAUACAGAAUGGAUAAAUCCUGUUUGUGUUACUACAUUGAACUGAACCAUUUACCAUUUACCAUUUACCAAUAACAUUCAUAUAGAUAUGUUAUAAUUAUGUCGACUAGCGGACCCGUGCUGUAACCAGAGACUGCGUUCUACUGCCUGGUAUUGCAUGUUAUGUUGUUUAUAGUGCUAUGGAUGUUUGUUACAUGUUAAGUUAUUUUUAUGUUAUCCCUAUUCAAUGCAAUAACACACAUUAAAGAUAUUUAUCAAGUGUUUUGGCAGCUAGAAAUAUCAAGUGACUAAUAAGGGAACGACCAUUUAUCUUCCGAAAGGGGUUCACAUUUUCGAAGACCAAAUUGGUUUUGGUUAUUUUAGCCAAUUCACUGAUUUUUUUAAUUUUGUAGAUGUUUAAACUCUGAUAACAGAGAACAUCAUUUGAAGUAAUGAAAUCAGACAUUGUUUUCAAACCGUGAGCAACAGUUUAUUUCAUCACCCCCUUUCUACCUCCCCUACAGAAAUAAUGGACUCCUUUUCGCGAAUGUUCGUGUACAUUGAUUUCUUGUUACUGAAAAGAAAUCAGCUGGAAAUCGGCAUUUAUUUAUACACUGUUAUUUUUUGUGGAGUAAACUGUUUUUUUAUAACUGUUUCGACACGAAUUGUUAAUAAAAUCAACAAAACUCUUAAAUUAUCAAAAGAAAUCUCUGCUAAAAGCUAAAAUGAUAUUCGUUCCCAAACCUACUAUACACUGUACAGCUGCGACAUUCACCCAAACGGUCAUAUGCAUAAGUUCUAAGAUAUUGUUGUCACACUCCAUAUGUAAAUUGAAGCAAGAAUAAACAGAAUAACGAUU